AUGAGACUCUUUACGUUACGCAACCUUGCGUUUCUGGGGACGUUGAUCUCUUCGUCAUUGCAAGAGUCUGUUCCAGCUGUGCUUUCCAGCCAUCAAUUAACGUCCGGGCUCUUGAAGUACCAAGAAGAUUAUGACAGUGCUAAUGUGCUGCCACAGGAACUCUUUCUCGAAAUCGCAGAGAAGUUCAUCUCAGGAAGUCGCUCUGAUGCCUACUUGUUCAUAAACAUACCUGGACUACGGGCUUCGGAUUUCAGUGACCACCGAGAGCAGCUGAAAACAAUUGAGAAAUACCUGGAAACAAGCUCUACAGCCCUUAGGUUUGAAAAUCUGGAGAUAGAGCAAGAAUGGGAAGAAGUUUUCGACAAAUUAGUCUCUUACACAGAGGAAGAAUGGGAUAUUACAGACCGUAUUGAGCUGUGGAGCGAUCACAUCGAUGCAUUCGAACGCUACAUAGAUUGGCGUCCCAGAACUGUUCGCAUUGAAUUUGAACAAGCACCGGCUGGAAAUAGGGCAGGAUUUUUUGCCUACUGCGAUCGAACCAUUAAACAUGUACUGGGGCAAAUACCCUCGUCGGACACCAAAAUUGUUCUGACUUCGCGGACAGGAAACACUGAAGAAACUGAGUCACCAACCCGUAUUUUUUCUGACAUCUUCGAAGAUCCUCAGAAGAAGACCGAUAUCGAGAAAAACAAACACACCGUACAGAAAAAGCAUGAACUGAAUACGCCCCAUCCCAGGUUCACCGGAAUGGUUGAUUCUCGUCUCAGCCUUGUUGAUCCCGCUUUUCUAAAGCAGCACGGCACAACCAUAAAAAUGAUUAUAAUCUCUUCGCUAACGUAUGCAGUUGCUCAGCUGAUACUUUGGAACAGAACCAAAGGCCAUACUCGACUACGCCAAAAAGUUGCAGAACAGAAGAAAAAUCAGUAG